UCUUCACAGACGGAGUCUGUCAAUUUGGAAACGAUCCUCAAUGAUAUCCAAGCAAUAUCAGAGGACAUUUUGGCGAUUCAGCUGGACAAGCGAAAGGGGAAUGAUAAUGACAUCAACAAGCCGCUGGAACAGAACGACAAAAACAAGAAGCCUUACCAUUCUGAAAUGAAUCUGACACUUCAGUACGACGGGGUAAGUCAAGCCACUACUGCCGCCAACAAGACCGCGACCGCGACACAGACGUCUUUCGGCAGCAACGGCGGCCACAACGCCCGCUGUACGCGUUCAUUGGAACGCGAACACACCGAUAGUCCGUCGCCCCACAUACCCGACGCAAUGGUCCCCUUUCCAGACAAACGUACCUACAUCGGCUUUGAUCAGCUGAACAACGAGGCAAUAAUUGAGCUGCCGCCUUCAAGUGUUGCAAAUAUGCAAAGACCGCCACUGCCAACAGUAGUAAGUGCACCCAACAAGGCACAUCCACCAACGCCGCCAGCGCGCGGGUAUCCAUCGCCGCUUAACAUACGCUGCGCGGGUUUGGCGCGUGGCACGCCUGUGGCAAUACCAGAGCCACCGGGAGAGGAGACGGCGAGCAGUGCACAGGGCAGCACGCCGGUGAUAGUAGGCCUUGCACCAAACAAAAGCCAACUUUAUACCGCUAUAGCGAAUGCGGCAGCUAAGCGCGCGCAGUAUCGUUCAUCAAUGGCGCAUUCACUAGAAGGGCAUAUGUCCGCUGCAGCUGCAGCAGCGGGGACGGAUACGAAUAAUGCGGAUGCCGCAAACGAGGCGCUGAGUAGUGAGGCUGCGCGACGGAAAGCGCGACGCGUUUCAAUCGUUUGUGGCGACUCAAGUACGCCGGACUCACCUGACCCAGUGACAAAUCCUCACCUAAUUCGAUCUCAAGCACAAAUUAAUUUGAGUGGCGUGCAGGAUGCCGCCACAGCUACUAAUUCAAAUACAGCGAACACAACAAUAACAACAGCGAAUACGACUUCUCCAUCCGUAGGUAGUUGCUCAGACCUGCCAUCCGCGCUGGUUGAUCCAGCGCUGAGGAACCUCAAGCAGACCAGCCACAGCACACCCAAUUCACCACAUUCCGUGCGACGUCGCAGUAACAGUAACACUAUGAGCCCGCAUAACAGCGUUGCUGACACCGCACAUCCCCCACAAUCACUGUCGGCCAACACGUCCCCGCGCCACACGGCUACCGUACACCAUCAUCACAGCAAUAGCAGUUGUAGUAAUAUUUCCGCGGCUCAACAGCGCAAAUCCAGUCAGGACUCUACGCCCGGCAACCCGACAGAAUUGGCAGCUGUUGAGGCAAUUGCAGGGCGCUCACGUUGUUCCAGGCGUCACUCCGACGGUACGGUGGCGAGUAAUGCGCAUCGCAUUAGUGGCACUUCCGGUCAUCACCACCAUCAUCGCCACCAUCAUCAUCAGCACAGUUCGUCGGUGCUCAGCAACAAUCUGCAUCACAGCCAUCAUUCGCAUCAGGACAGCACUUCGUUGUCGGAACACGGAUCGAACAGUUCGGCUUCGUCGCGAGAAUCCUCGACUUCCUUCAGCGUGCGUUCACAUCGGCGGAAAAUCUCAAUUAGUUCGCACACCGGGGGUAAGAUACCAUGGUGUGGGUGCUGGGGCAACGGCUGCUUGUAGGUAAGAUAAAUGCAUACAUACGUAUGUAUAGUUGUGUGGCGCGAGUGUAUUUUAAAGUGUAUAAAAACGUCUAAGUAAAUGUAGUAAAUUUGAAUUUAUAUAUAAAUACACAUUAAUUAGUUUUAUUAUAUUUAUCAAUUUAAAUGUAUUUAAAUUCGUUAUGAGCUAGAUUCUAGGAAAUUCGUUCGAAUAUAGAUUACUAUUAAAAUAUUGAAUAAAAAUUAAUUGAAUAAAUGUUCUAAUAUACAUAUUAAGCUACAAAG